UGCAAUACAUGCAAUCGGUUGUAUUCGUCUGCACCUGCUUUGCAACAACAUUUUCGAGACUCCACUAAUCAUCCCAACUGCGGUCGGUGCGACAUCGGUUUUAGAGAUCCAACAGCCUUGAACAUUGAUGUGCCGAAUCACUAUCGAGUCUCGCCUAACCAUCCGCGUUGUACGAAGUGUCCAACUAUUGGAUUUGCAAGUACAGAAGCGUUCGAGCAGCACAUCGCCAGCAGCCAUCCCGAAUUUCGCUGCAAGGCCUGCGGACAGAAUUUCAGUUCAGAAGCCUCAUUGGAAGGACAUUAUCGAGAUUCUUUAAAGCAUCCCACAUGUCCAGAAUGCAAGAUUUCCUUUAUAGAUGAUCGAGCGCUUGCUGAGGUCAUUAUCCUCCAUAUCUAU